CAUACCUGUACAGAUGUUGUCAGAAUAAGUCAGUAUAUGUACAUUUCCAUACAUUUAAUUUGUCGAGUUACAUCAGAGCUCCAAGAAUGGGCUUAAAUGGACUAUUGGAAUGUAAUGAAUGCGCUUAAAAACAACCUUGGGUGAUGUCUGUACUAAACGGCCUGUGAUCAAAGACGACAUCAACGGCUGCUGAGACGACCCCUUCGUCUACGACGGACAUCCCUGAACGUCGUUGAGGAAGAUGCGGUGGAAUUAUCUAAAUACUCCAUCGCGAGACUAUCGAUGAACGCCACACCUUCAGGGAGCCACAACAGGACGCCCGGAUAUCGACGCCCCACGUCAUGGAAGGCCCAUCCAUUAUUCAGCAGGAAGUAGACCACACACGUGGAAGGACACACGUUUGUAUGUUAGGUAACAGCGUGUUCUAACACGGCCAACCACGACACAUCUCCACCACAGCCGACACAGACAUCUACAUCUGCAACACUGUAAUCAUAUGGGCAGCGUCUGGAUGAAAACACUGUGGACAAGAACCCUCUCUGUAUAAACCGUUGUAGUUCUGUAAUCACAAACUUUGGAACAUAGCGGGAAAGAAAACACACAAGCUUGUUGCUCGCAAGAAUACCGGAAAGAGGAUCCACUACAUUGAUUUCUGUCGAAUCAUUCGGUUGGGAAACGGGAAAUAUGCCUGUGAAGUACGAGAGACGUACCCCAUAUUGAGACCGCACAGGAAGCGUGCCAAGAAAGUAGUAAAGGAUCUCGUUUUGGAGAAUUUGAAAAGUGAUCACCAUGCCCAAAGCCACCGGUCUUCAGUUUUUCAGGAAGCGCCAAUCUUUGGCCAACUUAGACUUCGAGAGGCCACAGAGUCUGCCGGCGGUGUACGAAGCUGUCAAAGAAGCCGUGCUAGGCAUUGAGGAGCGUCUGGCCAUGUUGGAGAUGUCGUUCUACGGUCCUGGAAAGACAAUAGAGGAGGAGGUGAAGAAGUGGCUACCUCAGAUAGAAGCCGUCAUCAAGCCUGCCCGCUACACAGAGCUUAGCUGUCGUCGGCAGGUGGUGGAGAUCACGGAGAGGGUGCACAACGCGGCGGACAAACUGAUGGUGGACAUGCACUGUCUGUCCGCUGUGCAUGAGUGUGUCAGGAAGAUUCUUACUACUUUAAGACUUGCAUUCUCGGACAUGAUUCUCGUCACACAGAAACUGCAGUCGUACAUGAAUAAAUACAUGCUGAGCUUCAGUGCCUCUCUCGGUGACUCCUACAUGGAGACCGCCACAAACUACGAAAAACAACGUCAGGAACUGACACAGGCCAUUCAGAUGAAUGUGGACAAUAUCACAGAUAUGGCAGACAAGUUUGAGCGGGAAGAAUUGCACAUCAGUCACUUCGACUACUGGGUAAAGACGGUGGCGGAGAGGUGUGACUGUAUGCAUGCGUCCAUACUCAUGGCAUUUCCGGCGGCCUGUGCGAACAUUAGGAACGUGUGCACGGACAUCCGGAAGUGGCUGGAGGCCGAUAGCUCGUACUCAUCCUAUCUGACCUUUGACAUCGAGGCUCUGGAAUCACAGCGCGAGACUCACAUUCGGAAGGUGCGUGACCUGCAGGUGAAGGUGUGCAAUGCCGAGUACAAGGUGAAGGUCAUCAAGAAGGACAUUACUGACGCUGAUGAGGAGUUGGUUCGCGUCAGCAGCAAGGAGAAGGAGCUGCAACAGGAGGAGAGUUAUCUGAUGGUCGCACACCAUGACGUGCUGUUCGACCUCGAGAUCAAGGACUUCAGGAUAGAGGACAUGAAGCGACAGUCCACGAAGAACAACAGCCGUGAGUUCAACGAGGCCUAUGAGCGUUUGCUGAGUGAGAUCAACGCACUGAAAGACAAGAAGCCCGCCAUUGACCGGAAGUUGGGUGAUAUCAACAAGAAGAUGGCGUGGAUCCGCGAGAAGCAGGAGAAAGGGAGACAGAGGUCCAUUCAGCUUGAAGAGGCCAAGACCGGCCUGAGACAUGCCAAGAAGACGGCGCGUAAGGCGGAGGUGGAGUUGGAGAGGGUAGAAGCAUGUGUAACAAAGCUGAAGGACAUUCACCGCAUCAAAACUAGCCCGGAAACUCUCAAGAAAAUCUUCCACAAGCUGCCCUUCACUCCUCGGAAGUUCAAUGCCACAAAGAAAGCGGAUAAGCUGGAGCGAGCCUGCCGCAUCACUGCUGCCUGGGUGGAGGGAGACUGGGUAAAGUUGUACCGGACCCUCCCCUUCUACCCCGCGCGGGGGGAGGAGACCGUCGGAGCCGAUAUUGACAACAUCUUCAAGAACUACAUGAGACACACGGUAGAGGAACAAGCCAAGCAGGCACUAUGUCGCUGGCGGCGGAUGCACACACGGGCCAAACUGGAUGACCUUGUGGGCACUUUACAUGACAUUCGGCGGAAGGAUAUUGUUGACAAAAUUGAGGAAGACUUCAAUGCGAGGAAGAAGCCCCAUAUUCAGACGCCUCUUGUAAGGACUGUCCACUUCCCUAAACUUCCGGUAAGGUAAAUUCAGACUGAGUGUAUGCCUGACGUGUCGACACUGUGUUGAGCACAUGCGCAUGAAGCAGUCGGUGAUGUCACUUCCGGAAAAAAGUUUCCUCUAAUUCUUGAACCCUUUUAAAGGAUGUGCGUUUUCGAAAAGAUGUCUCACGGUUUCAGCAUUUUCGAAACCUACUCAGUAGUGUUUUUUUUUGUUGUGAGAAGAAAGUUCAGGUGUCUUGAUGUUACCACGGCCUCGAACAGUAUGUCAGCAAUGAUAUUGUGAAUAAUGGGGAGCCCGAGCACAGUGCUGACAAACGCUAACAUUCUCCACACUUCAAGGACGUCCCACUGAUGUCGGCCCA